AUGAAUGACCAUCACUCUCAGCAAGAGCAUAAGGAGGCCAGCAUCUCUCAGCUGGCUAGUCUAAUCCUUGAAGAGUGCUCGACGAUGGAAUUGGAGUGCAAGACGAAUGAUAUUACCCCACCCAACUUGCAAGCCGGGACAAGCACUGCUUUCUGGUCGGAAACAUCGCCAAAGCUGAGCGACUCCCGGACAAGGGCGCUUGGGUGGUUAGAGCAGCUCACGAUCCUUUUGCAAGGACCCCAUCAAUUUCUCCAUGAAUUCGUUGCACCCAACUGGGAUCAUGGUGCACUUUACGUCUUUCUUCAGUCGCCAGCGCUGGAGUGCAUCGCUUCUUCUGGAGGUCGCGCCUCUCUUUCUCGCUUGUCUGAUGUCUCGCAGAUCCCAGAAGACAAAUUAACGAGGAUACUCGCCCUAUUGCGAUGCAAGAACAUUGUACACGAGCCUGAGCAGAAUAUAUUCACGUUGACAGCGGUAUCAGAAGAGUUGCUGGGAGACGAAGAUUUCCGGGCAUGGGUGGAAUUUCAGCUAUUUGAGACGCGAGUAGCUAGUGCCCAUCUGGCACAGGCACUCACUACAAAGCCGAACGACUAUGUCGCGGGCACAUCUGGCUUCAAACAAGGGUGGGGUGCUGAGAUGUAUGAAUGGCACGCUAAGCAUCCUGAGAAAGGUGACCGUUUCCGGCGAGCUAUGAGAGGAGUCUCAAAAUCACUGGACCCGGCGGAUUCGCUACUUCGAAAGCACAUCCACAACCUUUCGUCGCCAGAACUGACCACGGCCGUCGAGAUCGGUGGAAGAUACGGAUUCGCAUCUGUGACACUUGUCGGAGAAUAUCCGAGCCUCUCGUUUGAAGUCCGUUGUGAAUCUGACGACUUCUUGCGCCGGGGCAAGGCUCUUGUUGACCCACGUUACGACGAUCGCAUUAUUUUCACCAACGUUGCAUCUCCAUCGGCCAUGGCGUGCACCGGUGACUCCACGAAGGUCUUCGCUUACAUCAUUCGCAACGUGUUCUGGAAUUGGACCGACGACGAUGCAAUCAAACUUCUCCAGGUGUUGCUGCCCACGCUGAGGACGAAUAAAUCGACCCGCAUUCUGAUAACUGAUGGCGUCUCCCCAGUGUCGAAGCAAUUUCCUCCGCACAUUGAAAUCGCAUAUCGAAGACGAGACAUUACCACAAUGACGAUGCAUAAUGUCAAACAGAGAACACAGGCCGAGUGGCUCGAGAUGUUUUCACGAGUUGAUCCUUGUUUGAGUGUCAGUGCGUUCCAGUUUGAGUUUGGACGAGGCUAA